AUGGCUUCAGCACCCUUUUUGCUCAGUUUUCUUCUUAUUUGCUCUGCUUUCUCACUUCAUUUCUCCAAUGCCAACUUUGUGCUUCCUGUUGUCAAGGACACCAUUAAGUCCCAAUAUUAUACUAGCCUCCUCGUAGGAAACCAUCCUUCAACUCGUGUGUAUUUAGUCAUUGAUCUUGGUAAUCAAUGGUCAUGGUUCGCUUGUGACCUCUAUGGCUACAAUACUACCUCCCACGAAUUACCCUGCGACUCACCCAAGUGCGAGCUCUAUGCACCAGGGACUUUCUGUAGUGCUGGCUCUUGUGGUGUUGAUGCCUACACCCCGUGGAGUAGGGGCCUCUACUCCAAUGGCCUCUUAGAGGACACAACGAGGGUAUACAAACAAACCAAACAAAACUCACUAGCUCAAGUACUCUCUAAAGCUGACUUACCUAAUUUCCCUUUUACUUGUGCAAAUAAAGGCCCCUUGAAGGGCUUAUCACCUCAUACCAAAGGGGUGGUUACCCUUGCUAGGGUACUUGUUUCAUUGCAUUCCCAAAUCUCUUCAACUUUCAAAGUUCCUCGUAAGUUUGCUCUUUGUCUUCCCAGCUCCACUUCUUCGGGUUAUAAUGGGGCAAUCUACUUUGGCGGAAGCCCUGAUUAUUUGUCCAAAUCACUCAUUACCACCCCACUUGUAAUCAAUCCUAACAGUACUUCACCAAUUUACUCACCAGGAGACGCUUCAGUAGAAUACUUUAUUAAGGUAAGAUCUAUCAAAGUCGAUGGAACCCCAAUUCGCUUCAGUCCCUCAUUGUUGUCAUUUGACAUCAAGGAAGGAGUUGGGGGGACAAAGAUUAGCACAAUGGACCCUUACACUGUACUACAUAGUGAAAUAUACAAGACUCUUGUUAACGUUUUUGUAACAAAAGCAACCGCCAUGAAGAUGACUAGGGUCGCUUCAGUGGCUCCUUUCGGAGUGUGUUUUAGCUCUAAAAGUGUGGUUAAUAAUGCUAAAACUGGUCCAACAGUGCCAAUUAUUGACAUUAUAAUGGAUGGUAAGAGUCCCUUGUUGCACAAUAAGAAUGCAAGGUGGAGGAUUUAUGGGGCGAACUCAAUGGUGAAGGUUUCAGACAGUGUAAUGUGUUUAGGAUUUGUGGAUGGUGGUUUAGAACCAGUCACUUCAAUAGUGAUAGGAGGGAAGCAAAUGGAGGAUAAUUUGGUGGAAAUUGACCUUGAAACUUCUAAGCUUGGAGUUACCUCGUCUCUUCUUCGCAUGGGUACAAACUGCUCCAAAUUCAAAGGAAUUUAA